UUUUUUUUUUUUUUUUUUUUGGCCUUCUCUUUUUUCCAAUUGACAUAGAAAUCAUAAACAUGACUACCAAGUUACUCUUUGUUGGGCUAGGCAAUUAUACUCAUCCUAAUACUCGUCAUAAUGUCGGUAUGAUGGUUCUUGAUUCUAUUGUCAAACAGCUUGAUCUUGUAUGGACUCAACAUAGGCCUUGGAAAUCACAUAUGGCACAAGUAUCACUAUCGAUUCUCAAUAAUAAAAAGAAAGAAGUAAUGGAUGUACAAGUAACUUUCCUCAAACCUCGGUUACUUAUGAAUAUCAGUGGAUCCUGUGUAGCAAAAGCUGUUAAUGAACUCUCCAUUCCUCCUUCCAAUAUUUACGUCUUUCACGAUGAUUUACAACGACCUCUCGGCAAACUCUCCAUGAAAACGGGUGGCUCAGCGAAUGGUCAUAAUGGAGUCAAGUCAGUCAUGGAAAAAUUGGGUACAGAUGCUUUUCGACGAGUACGGAUUGGUAUUGGUCGUCCUGAAGAUCGAUCACCAGAUGUUGUUGCCGAUUUUGUCCUGAACAAGUUUACAACGGUAGAAAUGGAGACUCUGGAAUCACUUGUCUACCCCUUGAUGGCCCCUGGUCCUGGUCUUGGCUUGGAAACCCUUUGUAUUAGAGGAGAACUUUGGAAAGCUCCUAAUCCAGUCAAAGAAAAAAAGAAGAAGCAAGACUCUACAGUUUCAACUGAUAUCGAUCCUCAGUCUAUUGCACCUCCAUUGAUCAAAGUCCCAUAGAGUAUAUACCAUUUAUUUCCAUUCAUCAUCAUCUUUAUCUAUCAUUCAUGUUUAUAUCCAUUAGAAUAGAAAUCAUACAUAUAGAGAUCAUACAUUCACAUCGCCAUAUCAUUUUAUUUAAAAAAAAAAAGUCAAACA